AUGUCAACGUUGUGGUCGAAGGGCCCUGUGAUAUAUCACGUCAAAGCAUCUCCACAAUGCAGCAUCUGUGUGGGGAGAAUACUCGACAAAGAAAUAGCAAUGGCGCUCUUUGGGGAAAACCAUGUAUACAAGGGACAGACGCAACCCUUUCCCUUGCCUCCUUUGGGCUCUGGCUACCGUCCUUCCAACGAGUACUUGUUUUGCCGGAUGAAACGUUGCUCCUGCGAUUCUUCAAUCGAAUAUACUACAGUACACUUUGAAUGCUAUCAGAUAUUCCUCAGAGUCUGUAACUAUGCAAAAUUACAACAAGAUUACGCGCUGCAAAAGCUAUGGAUCUCUACCGCAUGGAGGCUCCCAUGGGAAAAUGCAUUCUUCAUGCCCGCAUCCAACGUAUAUAUACCAACAAGUCCGAAAAGCCUUGAGCUAUCGGGCCAACUGUUUGGGAUACCCUUCCUACAUAGACUUCCUCAAGAGCUGCUUCUCCCCAUUUGGAGAGAGUCUAAAGAUUCCUUGUUCUGGAGGUGCAUGUCGAUCAUCCGUAUGGUAACUGAGUUUGAGACCAACACGCCAGAGCUGCAAAUCGAGCCAUUGGAUCAAGUGAUUUCCUGGCGACGCAACGGAAAAUUGGAGUGUGCUCCAGCAUCUGCCAUGUACCCGAUUACCAAACUUACAAUUGAUCAAGAAGGCAUCAAGAAGGUGGAACGACUCAGUUGCAGGCCUCAGUAUACAGGGGAGACUCAUAGCGAUUCGACUUUUAUUGUCGAGGAAGGCUCGUCGUUGCACGGUAUCGAAGCACAGCUCCAGGUAUUUUGUGAUGGACGACUACGUCUACAAACUACGCGAAUCCAGCCCAAGUACCCUUAUAUAUGGAACACUCCAGCUCCACCUCGCUUCUCAUUAUGCAAUGCCCAAAUACCCGAUGUAUUCGAAACAUGGAGGCUCCAAGUCGUGAAUACUCAGAAGAUCGUAGGCAUCACCUUCUUCUUUCUUCAAGAUAAGUUGUAUGAUCUUUACAUUCACGACUCGGAUGAAUCAAGUGCAAAUGCGCUGUAUGAGCAACUCUCGCCAGACGUGCAGAGAGGCGCCUUCUGGAUAUACUUGCCGAUCGGAACUACAGACAGAAUACUUGUUCUCGGAACUCGUUUUAUUUCUCGCAGCGAGUACAAUGUUCUUGUUCGGAUGGAGAAGGCCGGAGAUGUUGUCGUCGGGAGGAACUGCUUCUUUAGCGAAGACGACUACCACCAUGACGGUCUAUUGCCUGAGGACUGGCCGAGUUCUCGCGCGGACCAAUGCCUCAGUGGAGAUAGCCCGGUAACUUUGGUUUAUGGAGAGCGGGAACAAGGGUAUCUUGAGAUCCCAUUGUUCGGCACAUAUUGCGAAUCGGGCAGCUGGACUCCUCCAGAGCCAUUUAUGCUUGAGAAGCCUACCCCUAAGAGGUUUAAUCGUUUCGGUUACUAUUCUCGAACGCCGUUGGAUCAGAUCGCAGAAUCCACGGUGUAUUACGUACCAGACACCGGCGGUUGUCGAGGCAUUCUCCUGCGAUAUAAGAAUGGCGGAUGCAGAGUCGUUGGACAAUGCCGCGUAAACGUGGAUCCCUCCGAAACAAUUGCUGAACCGAGCUUGAUCUGCGUUCGAAAAGAAGUUUAUCGAGAUUCACACGGACUCAUACAAGAAAAAACGUGUGUCAAGUUCACCCAUACCACCCUGGAUGACGAGCUUGAUAAAGGGUGGGCACGAUAUCCACUAGAAGGUUUUAUUGAGUUUUAUUUCUUUUUCGGCCAUGUGCUCGUUGAAAUAACAACUGAGUUUAGCGAAGAUGUUGUUCGCCCAAUAGAGCGGUAA